AAACUGCCUCUGGUAAAAAUAUUCCACAGAGUUUGUGUAAUAAAGGAUAUGGUAGCAACCACACACAAAAACCUGCGGUCAACGAGAAACUGCAACCUGGUUUCCUGCCCAUCCCCAACCACCCCCACAAAACACGGCUGGCUGAGCAAGACCCUUCCUGAUAGAGGGGUGGGCACGAAUACAAAUGGGUCACAUGGACGACGUACUACCAGCUCCCUCCCCCCAGUUUAUGACCAUUAGGACCGAGACGACAGAGCAGCGCAGCAUAAAGAGAAUCCAGAAAACGAUAGAGGGAGAAAUAAAGAGAAAAGGGGGAGGGAGACGAGCGUGACUGAACAGUGCGAGCGAGACAGAAGAAAAGCGAGAGGGAAGGAAAGGAGCAUCCUGCCUAGCAACACGCCGCAACGAGCACAGACGCCGCUUGAAGCCUCGCGGAUGAGGUUGAUGAAGAAGAAGCUGCAUUAAUCUCCAUGCUGCUGCCUCCACCAGCACCGAAACAGACAGAAAGAGGGCAGGAGAACGAGGGAGGAAGAGAAAAAUGCGUCCUGGACUAUUGUGGGGACAGACAAGCGGUAAAAAAGUGAUGAACGGUGCAACGUAGAAUCUCUGACUGUAAAUUUGUUGUGGAAAUGAUGGACCCUCAGCACGCCCAAAGCUGCCCACAUGUGGCAGUAACGGUCAGGGACCCCAGCGCCGAACAUGGCAUUUGCGCCAACCUCCAGUGUUCUGGGUGAAAAAAGAUCUCGACGCAACGGCUGAUUCAUCCUUCACCCAGACGCAUCUGAGCAUCAGGACCCGAGCAACAGGAUCAUGCAGUGGAGGCGGAGGCACUGCUGUACGAACAUAGCUGGAUUUCUAUUUUUGCUCUUGUGUGUGGGAGUGUUCCUCAUUGUCAGUCACACAGGAAAGAAGAGCCACCAGGAGAACGGUGUAACUCACACAGCGCAGAAACUGCCCCGGAUGGAGUUGAACCACAGCAUGACCAAGCAGAACAUGUGGAGAGAGAAGGCAAUGUCCCCUUUUCCACCAAGGUCUGAGGGAAACCUCACCUCCUUCCUGGAAGACACCUCCCAGCAGGGGCUGAAGAACUCUCUGGCCUCUAAUGCCAGUUUAAGCGAGGAGGUAAGAGCAGGGAGUAUCCUUAAGGUAGAACCCUACAACUACAUCAUCAAUGAAGAAGACAAGUGUCAGGAAAAGGAUCCUUUCUUAGUGUUAUUGAUUGCCGUUGAGCCCCAGCAUGUUCAAGCCAGGGAUGCCAUUAGGCAGACGUGGGGGAACGAGAGCGUGGCUGAGGGCUUGGGGUUUGUACGGCUCUUCCUUUUGGGAAUAAGAGAAGGACUUCCCAACCAACUGCAGCGCUCCAUAGAGGCAGAGUCUCUACAGUAUCAUGACAUUAUCCAGCAAAAGUACAUAGACUCUUAUUAUAACCUUACCAUCAAGACACUGAUGGGAAUGCACUGGAUAGCAAAAUACUGCCCUGGGGCCAGUUACGUCAUGAAGACUGACAGCGACAUGUUCGUCAAUAUGGAAUACCUCAUCCAAAAACUUCUCAAUCCCAGCCUUCCGCAAAAACGAAAGUAUUUCACUGGGUACCUUAUGCGGGGCUACUCUCCAAACAGAAACAAACACAGUAAGUGGUACAUGCCACCAGAGCUGUACCCCAGCAAGCGGUACCCUACUUUUUGCUCGGGAACUGGGUACAUUUUCUCAGGCGACCUGGCACAUCUGAUAUACAGGGCUUCUCUGAGCAUACGAAGGCUGCAUCUUGAGGAUGUUUACAUAGGACUCUGCUUGGCAAAACUGAGGAUAGAACCAGUUCCACCACCCAACGAAUUCCUGUUCAAUCACUGGAGGGUAUCGUACUCGAGCUGCAAAUACAGUCAUCUGAUAACCUCUCACGGGUUCCAUCCCACCGAGUUAAUAAAGUACUGGCAUCACCUACAGAGCAACAAGCACAGUGCCUGCAUCAACGCGCCGAAGGAAAAGGACAAAGUUCGCAGGCUUCGCCAAAGAAAACUGCUCUGGAAGCGUUUCAUCGGGUAACCGGUUGAAAGUAGGAUUGAAAGAGGUUUCGCCAAACAAGUCUGCAAAGCACAGGAACGUUCUUCGGAAUUAGAGGGAAGUAAUCAUUGUCCAACAGUUUUCUUUUUGACUGGCAAAAAUAAACAUAAAGGUAAAGAUUA